AUGUCAUUUUUCAGAGUAUAUAAUAACUUAUUGAAAACUCACCCUUAUAAAACAAAUAUGGUCACCACCGGCACCUUAUUUGGUGCCGGAGACGUUUUGGCCCAAUACUUAUUCCCAUCAGAAGCACCAAUAAAAGAAAAGAAAAGCUUAUUCCCAUUUCUUUCCAAAUUCAAUAACUACAACUAUCCAAGAACCUUCCGAGCACUCAUUUAUGGGUCUUUUAUAUUUGCUCCGGUUUCAGUUGCAUGGCAUGCCAAAAGAUUGCCCUUUAUUAAAAAUCCCUUCAUUUCUUUGAAAACAAGAUCGAUUUGGUCUCCGGCAAAAUUACAACGCUACGAUAACUCUUAUAGACUAGCCAUUGACCAAUUCUUCGGCCCCAUUUUGGUUUGGAUCCCCAUGUAUAAUAUAGUAAUGACUUUUUUGGAAUUACCUCAGGACCCAAUCUCGGUGGCUAAAACUAAAUUGGAAAAUAAUUUUCUCGACGUCUUAAAGGCUAAUUGGACCGUGUGGCCCAUCUUCCAGUUCUUCAACAUCUUCUUUAUGCCCAUUCAUUUAAGAAUCGUCUGUUCUAAUUUCUGGUCCAUUGGUUGGAACUGCUUCUUAAGUUUUGUUAAUAAUAACAAAUCCCAUGAUUCUAAUCAUAAACAUGGUCUCCUCGACGAUUUGAUCGACGAAAAAGAUGAACUGAGAAUCAUUUACCAAUAG